CGCGGAGGGAGGAAGGCCCCCAAGAUGGCGAUGCUGGCGGAGCCCCGUAGAAGGCAGAAGUGGUCUGUGGAUCCACGAAAUAGCGCUUGGAGUAAAGAUGAAUCUAAAUUUGGCCAGAAGAUGCUGGAAAAGAUGGGCUGGUCCAAAGGAAAGGGUCUUGGGGCUCAGGAACAAGGAAAUACAGAACAUAUCAAGGUUCAGGUGAAAAACAACAUGCUGGGGUUAGGAGCAACCAUCAAUUACGAGGACAACUGGAUUGCUCAUCAGGAUGACUUCAACCAGCUUCUGGCUGAACUGAAUGAUUGCCAUGGACAGGGUGAAACAGAGUCCUCAGUGAAUAAUCAGAAGACGACGUUCAGUCUCGAAGAAAAAUCCAAAUCUUCCAAGAAACGUGUCCAUUAUAUGAAGUUUGCGAAAGGUAAGGAUCUCUCUUCGCGCAGUGAAGAUGAUCUGUCCUGCAUAUUUGGGAAGCGACAGAAGAGUGUGAAGACACAGGUGGUUUUGCAAAGCGAGCUAGCUGCAUUCAGACGUGGAGAUAAACUUCUGCCUUUGUACCCGAGAUUACACAAGCGUAGAUUACCACGGCUGGAGUCGGCUAACAGGAAUGUGGUCUAAUCUUGUUCUGGCUAACCCUAGUGAAAAUAGGAGCAUGUAUUGCCAAAAUUAUUGGAGCAGCCAGUUGCUCCGAGGAGCCCAACAGGCUACAGACAGGUUUUAACCAUCUGAGUGGGAAGUGACUUUCUGUUUUGCAAGCCCUGCAACACUGAUUUCAGCACCUGUCUGGAUGGUUCAGAGGUAAUGUCAUCGCCUGGAGGAAUAGCUGGCUUUAUUUGAAAGAAAAGUUGGGGUUUGUCCAUUCUGAAGUGGAAACCAUGGGACUAAAAGUUUCAUUGUCUUCAGAAGGGUCUUGAAGGGGCAUUCGACAAAAUCCAUUCAUAAGGCAAACAAUGAAAUAUUUACUUGUAAAAACCAUUACUGCUUUAACAUAACAUGUAUCAGGUGGCUUCCUAAAUUUCAGUGCAGAGCGCUCUUAGUUUCUGUAUAUUUGAAAUAAGUGAGCUUCACAGUGGAAAGAGUCAAACAUUCUAAUGUAAAUUUUUUUCCAGUUAGUUUUUAGUAAAGUGUACAUUUCAGUUUUGGUUGUGCUCAAAAUUGUAAAAUGUUUCACAAUUACUGCCUGGUGUCGUAAACACUGUAGUUGAAAAUUAUUUGUUUGGGCGAGAGGAUGUUGCUCUU